CUUUUCUUUUUUUCUUCUUCUUUAUAUUCCAUAGUAAUAUCACCUUCUUAUAAAAACUUAUUCCCAUGGUAAAGUGCAUUAGACUUUAAAACAAGUUUUUAACUCCUUACUAUUAUUUAUUUAGUUCACACUAACACAACCAGUUGAUCCUUCCAUUAUACCAGUUGAUUCACCUCCUAGACAACAUAAAGUCUCUCCUUCUUCAAGACAAGAAACGGGUUGGAAGACUUCAAAAAAACCAAGGGAAUCUUGGAAAACAAAUAGUUCUUUUUAUGCCCAACAACGACAACCAAAACCUCUUCCUCAUAUUCCUAAUUCAUAUCAUCAUCGUUCGUCUAUGCCUACUGGUGGAUUUAUGAAUGAAUCAUUUCAUUAUUAUGAUCAACAAGGACAAGAUAUAAAUCAUUAUCCUUAUCACUCUGAUACAUCUUUACAAUAUCAUCAAUAUUCCAUGGAUCAAUCAGAUUUAUAUCAACAAAAUCAUUAUCAGGACAACACUUUUGCAUAUUAUCAACAACCAAUAGAAGAAUAUCCUAUUCAUACACAUCCAUGGCAAGAACCUUCAGAACCUUAUAUUGAAUGGGCAGAACCAAUGAUCAAUCAUAAUAAUAAUAAUAAUAAUACAACACCAUCUUCUUCUAAUUGUUCAUCACCAAGGUUAAAGGAAAAGAAAUUAAAUUCUUCUGGAAGAAAUGUACGACAAAUUACAGUUAGAUCAGUGAAUAAGGAACAUAGAGUAUGGAUUGAUAUUUUACCAACAGAAACAGGAAUAUCAUUAGCCAAUAAAAUUCAUCGGAUUGCUACUUUUGGUACAAGAAAAGUAUUAAAGAUUACUACAGCUCAUGGUCGUGUUAUUCCUCUUGAUCCUAGACCUAUUUUUGGUAAUUGGAUGGAUAUGAAUACUUUUGAAGAUGGUGAACAUUGGCAAGUUGAAUGGGGUGAUUUGGAUAAAUCUUUAGUGGACAAAUUCUUUUCCAAAGUCAUUCAAGUAGGUGGAAAACGUUAGAUUAAUUUUUAGAUUUGUAUAUAUAUAUUAUGAAAUAAAUUCAUUUUGAUUGAUGGAUCUAUUGUAAUCCUUUUUUUUUUUCUCGUUUUCCGAUUAUUUGACAUCAUAUUGUUCAAUCCCCGC